AAUUAAAAAGAAAAAAAAAACAGAGAGAAAUCAUGUUCCAAUUGAGUUUCUCAAUCCUACAAGAACACUAUCACAUGAAAGAUUCCAAAGAUUGGGGUGUUGGAAUGUGAGAACUCUCCAGGGAACGAGGGAAUAGAGACAGGUGUCUAGAUUUUGUCCAGAUUUAGAGAAAGUUUAGGUCAAGCACAAGCACUACCAAGGGGCAGCACCAGCAACCAUCCUGGAAAAAGCAUUUGCUUUUUAUCUGACAAUCAAUUUGUCCCUCACCUCUCAGUUCCACACUGUUGUUGGUAGUGAGUAGUUCUCACUUCCAUCUCUCUCAACUUCCCAUACCCACACUUCUCUGUCCCUUACGACUCUCCUUUGGGAUCAAAGCAAACCCAAAUGAGCAAAUGAAAGAUUAUUGCAAAAGAAGUCCAGAAGGGAGAAAAAUGACAGCCCCAAGGGCAAGAAUCAUUGGAUCAUCACCAUUUGUUCGUGCAAUGGUGAUGAUGAUGAUGAUAUUUUCAGGGUUUGUUUUAGUGGCAGAAUCAGUAAUAGGGGUAAACUGGGGGACACUGUCAUUCCACAAGCUGAAGCCAUCAACCGUGGUGGAUCUGCUGAAGGACAACAACAUACAAAAAGUGAAGCUUUUUGAAGCUGACCCAUUAGUGUUGAGAGCUUUGAUGGGGAGUGGGAUUCAAGUCAUGGUUGGGAUACCAAAUGAGAUGUUGGCUACGCUCAGCUUUUCCCCUGCGGCUGCUGAUUUGUGGGUUCGUCAGAAUGUCUCUACUUAUAUAGGCAAAGGUGGUGCUGAUAUCAGGUAUAUCGCUGUAGGAAAUGAACCCUUCCUUACAAGUUACGCAGGUCAAUUUCAGUCCUAUGUAGUCCCUGCUAUGGUCAAUUUGCAGCAGUCUUUGGCCAGAGCAAAUCUUGCAGGAUACGUAAAGUUAGUAGUCCCUUGUAAUGCUGAUGCCUAUGAAUCCAAUGUUCCUUCUCAAGGGGCAUUUCGACCGGAGCUGAGUCAAAUUAUGACUCAACUUGUUUCUUUCCUAAACUCAAAUGGUUCUCCAUUUGUAGUUAAUAUUUAUCCAUUUCUAAGCCUCUACGGGAACUCAGAUUUUCCACAAGAUUAUGCAUUCUUUGAGGGUACUACACAUCCUGUUAUAGACGGUUCCAACACUUACUAUAAUGCAUUUGAUGGAAAUUUUGACACAUUAGUUGCGGCCCUCAGUAAAAUUGGAUAUGGGCAGAUGCCCAUAGUCAUUGGGGAGGUGGGUUGGCCUACAGAUGGAGCGGUUGGUGCAAAUCUCACUGCUGCUAGGGUUUUCAACCAAGGCCUGAUCAAUCAAGUGCUAAGUAACAAAGGAACCCCUCUUAGGCCGGGUGUUCCACCUAUGGAUAUCUAUCUUUUCAGUCUACUUGAUGAGGGGGCAAAGAGCACUCUUCCAGGAAACUUUGAACGGCACUGGGGGAUUUUCUCCUUUGAUGGCCAGGCUAAAUAUGCACUAAACCUUGGUUUGGGCAACAAGAAGUUAAAGAAUGCCAGGAAUGUUCAGUAUCUCCCAUCUAGAUGGUGUGUUGCAAGCCCGUCUAAGGAUCUCUCUGAUGUGGCAAAUCACAUGAAAGUCGCUUGUAACGUCGCGGAUUGCACUACACUUGACUAUGGGGGAUCAUGUAAUAGCAUUGGAGCAAAGGGAAAUAUUUCGUAUGCAUUCAACAGUUACUAUCAGUUGCAAAUGCAGAACGAACAAAGUUGUAAUUUUGAUGGACUUGGUGUGGUCACUUUUCUAGAUCCUUCAGUUGGUGACUGUAGGUUUCUUGUUGGUGUCACUGAUACCAGUUCAAGUUUUAGACCAUAUCAAAGGUGGGUAAUGAGCUGGAUUUUAAUUUUAUGGCAAGUUUGGGCCUUUAGGAUAUGAAAAAGACAAAGCAGUUUCUAGGCGGGUUUUUCGGGGUCCCCUCUUAUGAAGCUGAUAAUGUCAACAUAGGAUAUAGAGCGCUAGAGUCAUUUAUAUAUUCAAAUGAUUGCAGAUUAUUGUAGUAUAUCAUUGUAUGAUGUAAGAAAAAGGAGACUCGCAUACGUUAAAUUAUCUACUCAUUGCCUUGAUUGAUAUGCAGAACUACCUUUCUUGAUA